CCUCGUCUUCCCCCACCACUUGUAAACAAGCCGCUGUCCUACCACGUGUUUCGUGCACCCCCAAAGCACAGCCUUCACAGCCUCCUUCGAGGUUCUGUAGGCUACUAUGGCUGAAGGAAGUAAGAUAUUCACUCCUUAUCGAGCCUUGGGACUGGUGAGCACAAACAUACCGCCAGUGGUUCGAUACAUUCAGCGGAGGAAGGAGAACCUGAUAGUUACUGUUGUGGGCAACACGUUCCAUACUUAUGGGGCAGCCAAGCUGGGCCUGCUGGGUGUUGGAAAUCCCCACGAGAACCCCAUCGUAGCCGUGUGUGGGGAUGCCUUCCACAUCUACACUGCCAGUGGGAACGACAUCUAUGCAUGGCGACGCGGCACCGAGCUCAAACACAAGUAUGUUGGACACAAGGCCAGUGUUCAUCUUAUGUUACCAUUUGGACCUCAUCUCAUAGCAGUGGAUAAACUUAACUGCCUUCGUGUUUGGGACAUCAAAGCUGAGUCAUUAUACAUGCAAAUGGAGUUUCAAGCAAAUUCAUUUCAAAUCACAGCCCUCACACAUCCUGCAACUUACCUUAACAAAAUUCUGCUUGGGAGCAAGCAAGGUAAAUUGCAACUAUGGAAUCUGAAUACCUGUAAGCUCAUAUACACUUUCAAGGGCUGGAAUGCUGGGGUGUGUGUUUUGGAACAGGCUCCAGCACCUGAUGUAAUUGGAAUUGGUCUCACUAGUGGUAAGAUCAUUCUCCACAACAUUAAAUAUGAUGAAACAGUCAUGGAGCUCCAUCAGGACUGGGGCAAAGUUACUGGAAUAGGCUUUCGGAGUGAUGAAUUUCCAGUGAUGGUGACUGGCAGUGAAAUUGGUCACAUAGCAAUAUGGAACUUGGAAGAAAAGAACCUUAUAUCACAGAUCCGAGAUGCCCACCAUGGCCCAGUCUUGGGUUUGAAAUGUCUUCUUAAUGAGCCUCUACUGGUCACUUCAUCACCAGACAACACCCUGAAAAUGUGGAUAUUUGAUCUUCCAGAUGGUGGUGCCAGGCUUCUCAAGAUACGAGAUGGCCACUCAGCACCUCCACUGUUUGCAAGAUUUCAUGGCAGCCUUGGUGAUUGUAUUCUUAGUGCAGGGGAAGAUUCCUCCAUGAGACUAUUUUCAACAGUGACAGACAUUGUGAAUAAGAAUCUAGGAAGGGCUUCAUAUAACAGAAAAAUUUCAAAAAAGAAAAAUAUGAAUCUUGAUCGGAAAGUAAUGCCAGCCAUUAUGCGGUUUACAUCUGAAACAGCACAAGAAAAGGCCUGGGACAAUGUUGCUGCAGUGCAUCGAGGAAAGACAGUGGUAACAACGUGGUCUAUUGGUGCACAAAAGAUGGGAGAACACAAGUUAUUGCAUGAGCGAUUUAAAGAAAAGGACUGGAGUGGGGUAAUGGCAACAUGUUUGGAUUUGACAAUUUGUGGAAACUUUGUAAUCAUAGGAUACAGCUCUGGUCACAUGGACAAAUACAAUAUACAGUCAGGUCUUUUAAGAGGAACAUAUGGUGACCCUUUUGCACAUGAAGGUAGUGUGAGUGGCCUUGUGACUGAUGGACUUAACCAAUAUGUAGUCUCAGGGGGAGAGGACAUGCAUCUGAAAUGGUGGAGGAUGAAAGAUUGUCACUUUAUCAAGGGAUUAACAUUGGGUGAGUCUAUCUCAAAAAUGUCCUUGCAUAAAGAUUCAGGACUCCUUGGAAUUGCUCUUGAAGAUUGGAGCAUACAUGUUGUAGAUGUAGAUACAAAGAAAGUGAUUAGGAAACUGUAUGGUCAUCAGAAUCAGGUGACAGAUUUGGCAUUUAGCCCAGAUUCUAAGUGGCUCAUAAGUUCAUCCCUUGAUAAGACAGUCAGAACUUGGGACAUUCCUUCAGGUACAUGUGUUGAUUGCUUUUUAGUGCCAAUCCCAUGUAUAUCACUAACAAUGUCACCAGUUGGAGAUUUUUUAGCAACUAUACACACAGACCACCUUGGUAUUUAUCUGUGGUCAAAUCAGGCAUGUUAUCACCACCUCUCUCUUCAUCCCUUGCCCCAGAAUUACAAGGCACCUACUGUGUUUCUACCAUCUACAUGUGCUGAUUCAUCACAGUUGGUUGCUAAGGAAGGAGAAGAAAUUGUUGAGGUAAAAGAGGAAAGUCAAACUGAUAAUGAUGAAUAUAAAUCUCCUCAGCAGAUAUCUGAAGAAUUUGUGACAUUAGCCUUGUUACCAACCUCACGUUGGCUGAAUCUUUUGAGUUUAGAUGUUAUCAAAAAGAGAAACAAACCAGUAGAACCCCCCAAGGUCCCUAAAUCUGCUCCUUUCUUUCUUCCUACUGUCCCAGGCCUAGAAUUUAAAUUUGCUCCAGCAGAAGGAGAAAAAGAUGAAGCAAAAUCAAAAGUAAAGUCAGUGAUGUCUUUUGAAGUGUUGACUACAUUUGGGAAGAAGUUAAAGAAUAAAGAGCUAGAAGAGGCAUUGAAUAUGCUGAUGAAUCAGGGACCCUCAGGUGUGGAGGUAGAAAUUCGGGGGCUAGAUCCUGAUGUAGGAGGGUCAAAGGAGGUGAUGGUUCAAUUCUUAGAAAUGAUAAAGUUUGCCUUAGAGAAACAAUAUAACUUUGAAGCUGUGCAAGGUUAUCUUGGAUUGUUUCUGAAAUUACAUGCAGAGUACAUUUUAGAAAAUGAAGAAGUUCAUCAGAUGUGUGAGGCUUUGGCUGGCAUCCUGGGCAGAUCAUGGCAUAAUCUGCGUAACUCAAUGAAUCAAACUUUGUGCCUUGUUUCAUACUUCAAAAAUGCUGCCUUGAUCAAUUAUUGAGUUCUUUACAGUAACUGUAUGUAUAUUAUUACUUCAAUUAAGAUUUAUUUUUAUAUGUGUGAUCUGAUCAUCUUGACAUGUUUACAUAGCAAAACAUCAUCUCUGGUACAUAUUGCCUAUACGAGUAUACAUGAUCAAUUGUGGUAGUAUCAUUAUUGUUAUUUAGUAUGUAGACAUUUCUUGUAAGAGUUUGUUCUAUGAAUCAGAUUUUUUUUUUUCUUGUAAAUAUUUUGUAAAUGUAAAAUGUUUUGUAAUAUGAAAGCUAAUGUUAUGUGUGUGUAAAACUGUUUUCAGUUGUGACUUGUCAAUUCUAGUAGAAACAUUUCAUAAUUAUGUUGCUCCUGCCUGGCAGAAGCUUUCAAAAACUUUUAACUUAACAGCAAAUUGUGCUUUGAGAAAUUAUAUAAUUGUUCACAUAAUACACAUUUCUCUUGAACAAGAGGCAGUUUCAUCAUUGGAAAAUAUAAUUCAUUUUGUCAUCAGAGAAAAACAUGUAUAUUUUUUUGUUGUUUGAUUCAUUUACUUUAAAAAAUCAUUAUUGACAAAGUAAUUUGAUAAGAACUCUUUCCAAUAAAACUGUUUUUCUUUCA